AUGGCAUCCGUUCAUCAACCACCUAUGCUGACUACCUGGUCCUUUGGCAAAAGCCCAAUGGCCUCGCCUCCUUACGAAGCUGCCAGCCAUCGAUCGCCAACCGAAGGUCAAUGCGACAACUUCAACCUUGCCAGCAUCAAUUCGUGCGGUUCCGGUAAAUGUACCUGCGAUAAAUGUUCCGUCAAGCGACAAUGGGAAACGGCAUCUCCGCCGACCAGCACACUUCCGUUGCGACGAUCCAGAAGUAUUGGUGCUGAUUUGAAUACUUCUCGACGAUUGAGUUCGGGGUCGGCUUGUGAAACGUGCCGCCGACGCAAAACAAAAUGCGAUGGUGGUCAACCUUGUGCUUUCUGCAUUUCCAAGGGCAUCGAAUGUGUGCAUCGCGCUCCUAGCCGAAGAAAACGAUCGCCAGCUUUCGCCAGUGCCAAUACAUCACCCACCAAUGAAACGUAUACGGGAGCCGGGAUCGAAAUUCACCAUGAUCGACCGAGUCUGAUGAAACAAGCCAGUUGCCCAUCGUUUAUGAAUGCUCGAUAUUCUACUAUCACACCUCCAUGGACUCCUCCAUACCAACCUUAUACCAAGCGAACAUCUAUAGAUAGAUCAAAAUGGCAAAUCCCCAGCAUUAUGGACCAAUUAUCUUGCCACACCUUCUCAGCUACCGUAAUGGCCGCAGGCAUGACCGAUCAUUAUCCUCUGGCGGGCUCGUUCCAGCGUAUUCAUCAUGUUCAACCGUUAACCCCUAUGAGUGAUUAA